GGAAGUAAACCUAUAAUGCUCUAGCAUCACUGUGCAGGAAGACGGUUGUGUUUUCGUUUCUCGGCUGAAUCUCUGCGUAGUUUCAGCAACAAUGUCUUCAGUUCAGCAUCUGAGAGAGUUUAUCAGAGAGCGACUAACUGCUGCUGCUGAAGAAAUCUUCUCAGAGGUUGAGAAAACCAUCGUCCGCUACGAGGAAGACGCCAGACUGCUGGAAAGCUGUCUCCCCAGAAUCGACCUCCACAAGCCACAUGUCUCCAUGGAGGAGGAAGCUUCUGCCAUCCAACAGCUCCGCAACCAGAGGAGAAGGUCCAGUCAUGACCAGGAGGAAGCAGAACAUCAGUGGUCUGUAGAGGAACAGAUGGAACCAGAUCCUUCUCUGACUGAAGAAGAGAGGGAACCAGAACCUCUACUUAUUAAAGAGGAAAUUGAGGAACCAGAUCCUCUGCUGAUUAAAGAAGAAAAUAUGGAGCCUGAGUUUUUAUGGGUUAAAGAGGAACAGAUGGAACCAGAUCCUCCUCUGACUGAAGAAGAGGGGGUAUCAGGACCUUCAUGGAUUAAAGAGGAAAUGGAAGAACCAGAACUUUGGCUGACUGAAGAACAGGGAGAACCAGGACCUUCAUGGAUUAAAGAGGAACAGAUGGAACCAGAACCUCUACUGAUUAAAGAGGAAGUUGAAAAACCGGAUCCUCUGCCGGUUAAAGUAGAAAAUGUGGAGCCCGAGUCUUCAUCGAUUAAAGAGGAACAAAGAGAACAGGAACCACUGAUUGAAGAAGUAAAGGAAAAACAUGAUUCUUCAAAGCUUGAACAUGAACAACAGGAUCCUGAACAUUUACCAACUUCUUCCUGUCAACAGCUCUGCAACCAGAGGAGAAGGUCCAGUCAAGACCAGGAGGAAGCAGAACCUCAGUGGUCUGAAGAGGAACAGAUGGAAGCAGAUCCUCCUCUGAUUGAAGAACAGGGAGAACCAGGACAUUCACUGAUUAAAGAAGAAAAUAAAAGGCCAGAUUCUUCAAGGCUUAAACAUGAACAGCAGGAUCCUGAACAUUUACCAACUAGAAGGGAUCAGGAGGAUGUCUGCAGCAGUCAGGAGGGAGAGCAGCUUGUCCAGAAGCAGUCUGUUGCUCUAAUGGAGACCUUUACCCUUCAGGAACAUGAAGGAGAACCAAGAACUGAGCAGCUUUCCUUUCAUAUCUCUCCUGUAGUUCAGACCAAAGACCAGGAAGGAAGCAGCUCCACUGGGUCAGAGAGUCAGUCUCAUACUGACACUAAGAAAGGGUCAUUCAAAUGUGACGUUUGUGGAAAGUCUUGGAAGAAGAAAAGUCAGUUGAAAAAGCAUUACAAAACCCACAAAGACCUCCAAAAGCCACAUGUCUCCAUGGAGGAGGAAGCUUCUUCCAUCCAACAUCUCUGCAACCAGGGGAGAAGGUCCAGUCAUGACCAGGAGGAAGCAGAACCUCAGUGGUCUGAAGAGGAACAGAUGGAACCAGAACCUCCUCUGACUGAAGAACAGGGGGAACCAAGACACUCACUGACUAAAGAAGAAAAUGAAAAGCCAGAUUCUCCAAGGCUUAAACAUGAACAACAGGAUCCUGAACAUUUACCAACUAGAAGGGAGCAGAAGGAUGUCUGCAGCAGUCAGGAGGGAGAGCAGCUUGUCCAGAAGCAGUCUGUUGCUCUAAUGGAGACCUUUACCCCUCAGGAACAUGAAGGAGAACCAAGAACUGAGCAGCUUUCCUUUCAUUUGUCUCCUGUAGUUCAGACCAAAGACCAGGAAGGAAGCAGCUCCACUGGGUCAGAGAGUCAGUCUCACACUGACACUAAGAAAGGGUCAUUCAAAUGUGACGUUUGUGGAAAGACUUGGAAGAAGAAAAGUCAGUUGAAAAAUCAUUACAGAACCCACAAAGACCUCCAAAAGCCACAUGUCUCCAUGGAGGAGGAAGCUUCUUCCAUCCAACAGCUCUGCAACCAGGGGAGAAGGUCCAGUCAUGACCAGGAGGAAGCAGAACCUCAGUGGUCUGAAGAGGAACAGAUGGAACCAGAACCUCCUCUGACUGAAGAAACGGGGGAACCAGGGCACUCACUGACUAAAGAAGAAAAUGAAAAGCCAGAUUCUCCAAGGCUUAAACAUGAACAACAGGAUCCUGAACAUUUACCAACUAGAAUGGAGCAGGAGGAUGUCUGCAGCAGUCAGGAGGGAGAGCAGCUUGUCCAGAAGCAGUCUGUUGCUCUAAUGGAGACCUUUACCCUUCAGGAACAUGAAGGAGAACCAAGAACUGAGCAGCUUUCCUUUCAUAUCUCUCCUGUAGUUCAGUCCAAAGACCAGGAAGGAAGCAGCUCCACUGGGUCAGAGAACCUCCAAAAGCCACAUGUCUCCAUGGAGGAAGAAGCUUCUGCCAUCCAACAUCUCUGCAACCAGCGGAGAAGGUCCAGUCAUGACCAGGAGGAAGCAGAAUGUCGGUGGACUGAAGAGGAACAGAUGGAACCAGAUCCUCCUCUGACUGAAGAACCGGGGGAAUUAUUACCUCCAUUGAUUAAAGAGGAAAAGGAGGAACCAGAACCUCCACUAAUUAAAGUAGAAAAUGUGGAGCCUGAGUCUUCAUGGACUAAAGAGGAACAAAGGGAACCACAGCCAUUGAUUGAAGAACCAGAGAACCCAGAAGUUCCACUGAUUGAGGAAGAAAAGGAGGAACCAGAUUUUUCGAGGCUCAAACAUGAACAGCAGGAUCCUGAACAUUUACCAACUAGAAGGGAUCAGGAGGAUGUAUGCAGCAGUCAGGGGGGAGAGCAGCUUGUCCAGAAGCAGUCUGUUGCUCUAAUGGAGACCUUUACCCUUCAGGAACAUGAAGGAGAACCAAGAACUGAGCAGCUUUCCUUUCAUAUCUCUCCUGUAGUUCAGACCAAAGACCAGAAAGGAAGCAGCUCCACUGGGUCAGAGAGUCAGUCUCAUACUGACACUAAGAAAAAGUCUUUAAAAUGUGACGUUUGUGGAAAGUCUUGGAAGAAGAAAAGUCAGUUGAAAAUGCAUUACAGAACCCACAGAGGAGGUGGUGGAUGUGUUAGUCCAGGUCUAGGAGGAGAUCCCUCAGGGGAACAUCCUCCACCUCAUCAGGAGCUGCCCAGGUUUUGUAUGGAGGUCACACAGGAACGUGGAGACCUCCAGAAGCCACAUGUCUCCAUGGAGGAGGAAGCUUCUUCCAUCCAGCAGCUCUGCAACCAGAGGAGAAGGUCCAGUCAUGACCAGGAGGAAGCAGAACCUCAGUGGUCUGAAGAGGAACAGAUGGAACUAGAUCCUCCUCUGACUGAAGAACAGGGGGAACCAGAACCUCCACUGAUUAAAGAAGAACAUGUGGAGCCUGAGUCUUCAUUGGUUAAAGAGGAACAAAUGGAACCAGAACCACUAAAUGAAGAGCAAGAAGACCCAGCACUUCCACUGACUGAGGAAGAAAAGGAGGAACCAGAGAAUUUCGCAACUAGACAGGAGGAGAAGGAUCUCUGCAGCAGUCAGGAGGGAGAGCAGCUUGUCCAGAAGCAGUCUGUUGCUCUAAUGGAGACCUUUACUCUUCAGGAACAUGAAGGAGAACCAAGAACUGAGCAGCUUUCCUUUCAUAUCUCUCCUGUAGUUCAGACCAAAGACCAGGAAGGAAGUAGCUCCACUGGGCCAGAGAGUCAGUCUUUCACUGACACUAAGAAAAUGUCUUUAAGAUGUGAUGUUUGUGGAAAUUCUUGGAAGAACAAAAGUGAAUUGGAAAAUCAUUACAGAACCCACACUGACAAGAAGCGUUUUGCUUGUCAGACAUGUGGUAAAUGUUUCAAUCGAGUGAGUGCUUUAAAUGUUCACAAGAGGACCCAUACAGGUGAGAGACCAUUUCCUUGUCUGACAUGUGGAAAACAUUUCACUCGACUGGGUGCUUUAAAAGUUCACACCAGAAGCCACACAGGGGAGAGGCCUUUUUCUUGUCAGACAUGUGGAAAACAUUUUACCCAACUGUGUGCUUUAAAAGCUCACACCAGAAUCCACACAGGGGAGAGGCCUUUUUCUUGUCAGACAUGUGAUAAAAGUUUCAAUCAAGUGGGUGCUUUAAAUGCACACAAGAGAACCCACACAGGUGAGAGGCCUUUUACUUGUCAGACAUGUAGAAAAAGUUUCACUCAACUGGGUGCUUUAAAUGCACACAAGAGUACCCACACAGGUGAGACUCCUUUUACUUGUCAGGCAUGUGGAAAAUGUUUCUCUCAACUGGGUCAUUUAAAAAUUCACAGGAGAACCCACACAUGUGAGAGACCAUUUUUAUGUGUAAUAUGUGGGCGAAGCUUCGCAGCAGGUCGCAGUUUAAAUAUUCACAUGAAACAAAUACACAAAAUUGAGAGGUAAUUAUUUUUGGACAAACAAAUAUUUAAAUAGCUCAUCAAAUAAAAAUUUUGUGCAUUUUUUUUUUAAAAUACUUUUGUCAACUCAUCAAAUAAAAGUGGACCAUCCACCA